GCGAUUUUCUGGGCUUCAAGGAGCUCACCUGCCAGAAGAAGGGAAGGUUGCAAGGGCCGCUGCUGCUCUUCAACCUGGUAUCUGCCGUGGCUUGCUUGGGGCAAGGACCUGUGGACUUGACAUUUCCUACCAUGCCUUUCAUCAUCGGCUUCCUCAUGCUGAGCUUGCUCCUGGCGUCGCAAGCUCAGCUGUCUCAGAGCAGGUUCCGGCUGACGGGUGCGCAGUCCCGCGCAUCUCGGGCCUAUGAUCUCUGGGACGACGUAUUAAGCAUCUGCAGGAGCCUUUUGCAGUUCCGGGACAGCCUGCGUGACCACUUCAUGGAGCUCGCCCGUUGGAUCCCAGCGUUCCCCGCAGCUCUUCUGUGCCACGUGAGCUCCGGGCUGGACUUGAGGACCCAGCUGCGGCAGUCCCGGGGUCCGGAUCAUGAGGCACACGAGGUCCCGGAGAUCGGAGGCUUGACGGAGGCUGAGAUCGCCGAGGUGAUGAACCGCCCCGCCGGGAUUUCGGCUCCUCUCUUCGUCGUGCACCGACUGGCCGCGAUUUCGAAGAAGAUGGACCUAUCGGACACCGAACGCAUGGCCAUGGAUGCAGCGCUGUCCCGACCUCAGGUCCACUAUCAGGAGUACUGCAGCGGGUCUAAGCUAUCGAACUUUGUGGGAAGCUGCGAGGAUGUUCUGCCACCCUCGACGCCGCUGGGCUUUGCUACGCACACGAGUCGAUUUCUGUUCCUGUUCCUGGCCCUUCUGCCCCUGGCUCUGCAAAGCCAGCUUGGAAUAAUGACCGUGUUUGGCGAACAGAUCGUCGCCUACAUCUUUCUUGGUAUACAAAGCAUUGCUGCGGCGCUGGAG